CUCCCGCUGGUGCCGCUGGAGCUCGCGGGGGUCAAGCACAGGGCCGAGAGGCGCCCCACCGCUGUGCGACCUGCGGGGCGGCCUUCAGGACGGCGGCCCUCCUCCGGGCCCACAUGCGGACCCAUGCCGCCGAUGAACUGGAUAGCGAUGAACACUGCGGCGACAGUUAUACGGGAAGUUCUGACCACCGUAGACACGCGAGCACUCACAAGGGUGAUAGACCCUUCAGCUGCCUGACUUGCGGCAAACGUUUCGCUCGAAGUGACCACCUCCGUGGGCACAUGAGGACUCACACGGGUGAGAAACCCUACAUAUGCCAGACUUGUGGGAAACGUUUCUCUCGUAGUGACCAUCUCCGUGCACACACGAGGACUCACACAGGUGAGAAACCUUACAAGUGCCAGACUUGCGGCAAAAGGUUUUCUACCAGUGCCAAUAUCCGUGUGCACCUGAGGACUCACACAGGUGAGAAACCUUAUGAAUGCCUGAGUUGUGGCAAACGUUUCUCUCAAAAUAUCCACCUCAGUAAUCAUAUCAGGACUCACACAGGUGAUAGACCGUACAAAUGCCAGACAUGCGGCAAAGGGUGCUCUACCAGGACUCACACAGGUUAAAAACCUUAUGAAUGCCAGAGUUGUAGCAAAUGUUUCUCUUGAAAUAGCGACCUCGGUAGGCACAUGAGGACUCACAAAGGUGAGAAACCUUAUGAAUGCCAGGGUUGUGGCAAAGGAUUCAGUCAGAACGCCAGACUCAAUGCACACAUGAGGACACACACAGGUGAGAAACUCUAUAAGUGUCAGACUUGCGGCAAAGGGUUUUCUCUACUUGCCAACGUCGGUAGACACAUGAUGACUCACACUGGUGAUUGGUGAUAGACCCUGUAAUGGCCUAUGGCUUGUGGCGCUUCUUUGUGGUGAUUUGUCCUUUCUUUUUUUCUGGUCUACAGUACCCGUCCUAAAUCCGGUACAUUAUAACAAAUAAAGAUGACUCAGAUCACACACCAUGUGUACUCAUGCAUUAAGACCGACCAAAACCAAACCCAAUUAGUUAAAGUACUUUUAGAGUUAAUUUAAGUUUUUGUUUUUAUCAACCUCUGUGGUUUGCUUUUUUUUAAAUCACUCUGUAAUUAUUUUUGUUUAGUGAAUUAUUUUGCUCCUUUGUUUUAGCAGUCAUUUUGGCUUGAUUGAAUUUAAUUACACUACGCUAAUUGUAGUUCUGCCAAUAAAUCUGUAUAUAAACAUACACUUCAAAUAAUCUAUUGCGUGCUGCCCUGUGCAGAUGAGACAGGAUCCUAAUCUAAGCUUUCACCUAGAAAAUGGUAUCUUUGUAACAAGGCUAAAUGCGUUGCUUAAACACUAUUUUUACCUCAA